GUGGGAGUAGCAGAAUCGCGUGAUAUCACAGUGGGUAUAAAACCACGGGUUGAUGAUUAAUUUACUUUUAAUGUAGACGUCUGUCUUAAAGUUAACGUUUCAUUUAUUCGUGUCUGAUUCUUACCAUUUUUUCGAGAGAAAAUUUGGAAGAUGAACACGCAGGAUACUAAACAAUGGCCUCAGUAUUUAGCUGCUAUUACAGCAACACUGUCAAUGGCGAUCGCAGGAUGUCACAUCGGCUGGACCUCACCUAGUCUCCCGUACUUAAAAUCCGAUGACUCUCAUCUUCCAAUGACCAACGACGACAGUUCCUGGAUCGCCUCAUUCUUCUUGCUGGGCUCGGUACCUGGAAACCUGUUAGCAGCUUUUAUAGUCGACGUGAUCGGUCGCAAAAGAAGUCUUUUAGUCGCUGGAUUUCCCUUGAUAUUGGGCUGGCUCUUAAUAAUCUUCGCCCGUAACGCUUAUUACCUUUACGCUUCGCGAUUUAUCAGCGGAUUUGGGACGGGCAUCGUCUACGUCGUCUGUCCCAUGUACAUCGGCGAGAUCGCCGACAAGCGAAUCCGCGGGGCCCUCGGAACUUUUAUUAAAUUAAUGGUGACCUUCGGUGAACUCUAUGCCCAUGCCAUUGGGCCCUUCGUCAGUUUUCACGAGCUAGCCUACUCCUGUCUGAUAAUUCCCUUGGUCUUCUUCAGCAGCUUCAUUUGGAUGCCCGAGUCUCCCUAUUUUCUGGUGAUGAAGAACCAGCAUCGAGAAGCUGAGGCCUCUCUCAAGGCCCUUAAAAGGUACAGGACCAAAAAUGGACUUCAAGAGGACCUAGACCAGAUGACCAAAGACGUGCUGAUGGACAUGAACAACCGGGCAGGCUUCCGGGACCUCUUUCUCAGUGAAGGCAAUCGCAAAGCCCUUACGAUCUGCUUCGGACUUCAAUUGAUCCUGCAAUUCAGCGGAUUAGCGGCCAUUGAGGCGUACACCCAAGAAAUAGUCGAGCCAAGUGAAUCAGGAUUAGCUCCCGGUCUCACGGUUAUUGUCCUGAGCGUCUGUCAAAUGGUAGCUGGACUUGGAGCCGCGGUAAUGGUCGACAAAUUGGGCAGACGGCCAUUGCUAAUGAGCACUACCUUCUGCGCGGCAAUUGUUCUGAUGAUCUCUAGCGCGUUUUAUGUCAUGAAAAUCGAACUUGGCUACCCUUUGAAAGGGCUCGGGUGGAUAUUAGACGCCUCAGUUAUUUUGUACGAGUUUAUAAUCGCUUUGGGCCUGAAUCCCUUGCCGUACAUGAUGCUGGGCGAGCUGUUUCCGACCAACGUCAAGGGAGUCGCGGUAUCUAUGGCAAAUAUUUGGGGCUCACUGUUAGCAUUUUUUGUCUCCAAAAUAUUCCAAGUUGUCACUGACACUUGUGGUAUGUAUGCGUCAUUUGCGUGGUUCGCGGCAUCGUGUGUUCUGGGACUUAUUUUCAUCCAGUGGUUUGUACCAGAGACUAAGGGUAAGUCAUUAGGGGAGAUUCAAGAUGAGCUUAACUGUAGGAAAAAGGUUAAAACGGUUAUUCAGGAAAUUUAUAUUAAAACUAUUGAUUUUUAAGAGAUUUUUUAUUAGUGAUUUUAAUUUGAAUUUUUUAU